AUGGAAAAAGUUCGUGUCACAACAGGCACUGAGGCUGACUCAGCCACCAAGGACGCUGGAAAAAAGGAAGACAGCCGAGACACUGAGUGGACAGAAACCACUGAGCAUCGGCUCCUUAUCUCCAGCACUCGUCCUGGGAAACCAUGGCAACACACCCGCUCCAGGGUCAAAGGGUGCAUGCUGUGUCUGCGGGCUGUACUGGGGUCAGUGGUGGGACUGGAGUGGUACUGCCUGUGUGCACUGGGGGUUCUCACAGCGCUCAUGAGCUUUUUCAUGGACCUGAGCGUGGCCAAGCUGCAACGUGCUCAGCUCUGGUUGUACGGUCAGUUGGGGGGCCACAAGCUGCUGCAGUUCCUGUGUUGGAUCCUGUACCCCAUCUCCCUUUGUGCCCUGUCCUCUGCCUUCUCCCACAGCCUCUGUCCAUACUCUGCAGGGUCUGGCCUCCCAGAGGUGAGGACCAUCCUCUCAGGUGUGGAGCUUCCAGAUUACCUGUCCCUCACUCACCUGUUUGCCAAGCUGGUGGGGCUCAUCUGUACCCUGGCUGCUGGAAGUUGCGUCUUCCUUGGCAAAGUGGGGCCGUUUGUCCACCUGUCCACUAUGGUGGGGGCUUAUUUGGACCGACUGUGUGUAUCUAUUCGCAUGGAGAAGGAGGUGACUCCUCACAGGGAAAUGCUGGUAGCAGCUGCCGCAGUAGGGGUCGCCAGCUGUUUUGGGGCUCCAAUCAGCGGUGUGCUGUUCAGUGUGGAGGUGAUGGGCACGCACUUCGUGGUGCGCGAUUACUGCCGCUGCUUCUUCGCCGCAGCCUGUGGGGCCGUGACCUUCCGUAUGCUGUCCGUCUGGAGCGGAGAGCAAGAGACUGUGCAGGCCCUGUUUAAAACCAGCUUCGCCACUGAUCUGCCCUAUCACGCUCCUGAGAUACUGCUCUUCGCCCUGCUGGGGUUGCUGUGCGGGGCAGUCAGCUGUGUUUAUCUCUUUUGCCAUCGCCGGAUCCUCCAAUUCACAAAGACAAACAAACUCGUCAGCAAAAUCGUGGCCACAGAGAAGGCCUUGUAUACAAGCCUGGUUGUGUUUGUUCUGGCAUCUGUCACUUCUCCGCACUGUGCCGGGAACCUUAUGGCUGCCAAGCUCUCUAUGAAGCAGCUCCUUUCUUCCCUGUUGGACAACCGACAGUGGCACUCCCUUUCCCAGAAUGCCUCGGGGCUGCUGCCUCAGGAGUUGGCCCCUCAGAACCUGUGGAUGGAGUGGAGUCCCCCUGGGAUCCCUGUCUAUGUCACACUGGGGUUCUUUCUCAUCAUGAAGCUCUGGCUGCUGGUCCUGGCCUGCACACUGCCCCUGCCUGCUGGCUACUUCAUGCCUGUCUUCAUCUACGGUGCCGGGAUUGGCCGUUUGGUGGGGGAAGGACUGGCCCGUGUGUUCCCGAACGGUAUCCACGAGGAGGGGAAAACCAGCCCCCUAAACCCUGGAGGCUACGCCCUGGCCGGGGCGGCAGCGUUCUCCGGUGCAGUGACCCACACCCUCUCCCCGGCCCUCCUGGCACUAGAGCUGACGGGGGAGUCCACGCACGCCGCCCCCAUCCUGCUGGCGACACUGCUGGCCAACGCCCUGGCGCGUUCCCGGCGCCGCCCAUCUUUCUACGACGCCAUCUCCAUCGUCAAGAAGCUGCCACACCUUCCCUCUCUGCUCAGGACCAGGCCAGAGCUGUCCUUGGUCCGAAUCGGGCAGGUUUUGUCAGGCAGAGGGGUGGCUCUGGAGAGAGAAUCUGGAGUAGCUGAGGUCCUUUCAGCUCUGACAAAUAGCGCACAGACCGAGUUCCCAGUGGUGGAAGCGCAUGAAUCACGACUUCUGCUGGGUUCCGUCCACAGAUCCGAGCUGCAGAGGUUCCUGCAUUGUUUUUCUUUUCAGGUUUUGAGAAAACAGCUGGGAGAUGUAUGUACAAUUCAACCCAUCACUGUCCAGCUCUCUGCCCAUACGACAGUCCAACAGGCCCAUUGUGUUAUGAGUGCGCUGUCCGUGCAACACCUGUUCGUUACUGAAAGAGGAAGGUAUUCUGGGGACCUGACCUGGAAAGAGAUGAAGACUAUCAUUGAAGAUUUGGCCAAAGGAAGAACUGAACAGACGGACAGACCGCAUGACUGAUGGACUCUAUGACCGACAGCAGCAAAGACAUAAUCUAUCAAAAGUCUCGCCAUUUGUUCCUCAGAGCUGGGGUCAACUCAAUUCAGUCCAUGCAGGGAAUGAAAUGAAAUCCAUUUGAUAAACAUAAAAUCAUCUAUUAAGAUUUAAGAUUUUUCAGUGAAUGAACUCAUUUCCUGAAAUGACUAAACUGAAAUGGAAUCAACCCCAACUCUGACCCCCAGACUGUAUAAA